AUCCACUUUCACAGGCUUCUGCGACAUAUAAAAAAACAUACUGUGUUAAUGAGAAGAGUACCGAGGCUUGCUGACGCGCUGCACGCACGUCGGUCCUGUUGAUGUCCAGAGUGGAUUUUGGAUCUACAUCGUUUGUCUACACUUAGUCCCUGCUCAGCCUCGACUCCCCACCCAGCCAGGGUCCAAGUUCAACCACUACUGAGACAUCCUGUCCGGGUCCCGCCUUACCUUGACGUGCACUUGACGGCCGGCGCAUUCUCGGAAGCUUCGACGCAGCAGGCGACACUUAAUCCUCAUCGACCCUGACAUCCAAGGCGCAUUGCAUUACAUUGCAUACGGAUAGCGCCAUCACUCGCCGCCAUGGUCGUCGACACAUCAUACUACGACACCCUUGGCGUCAAGCCGACGGCCACCGAGCUCGAGAUUAAAAAGGCCUACCGAAAGCUCGCCAUUGUUCACCACCCCGACAAGAACCCAAAUGACCCCACUGCCCACGCCAAGUUCCAGGAGAUCGGCGAAGCCUACCAAGUGCUAUCCAACGAGGACAUGCGCAAGGCCUACGACAAGUACGGCAAGGAAUCCGCCCGCCCGUCCGAGGGCUUUGUCGACCCGGCCGAGUUCUUCACAACUAUCUUUGGCGGCGAGGCCUUCAUAGACUGGGUCGGCGAGAUCAGCCUGAUGAAGGAUCUAACUGCCACCAUGGACAUCACCAUGGCUGGCAUGGAGGAGGAGGAACAAGAGGCGGCAACAGCGGCCGCCGAGUCCUCCAAGGAUGGCGAGUUUCCCGGCACAGAGGAGGCCAUGAAAGAGAGCUUGAAGACGGCAGAGGGCGCUACCCCCGCCCCGGCCUCGUCGAGCGAAAAGAAGCAGCCCGUGCCAGCAGUCGUAGUCGAGGAUGAGAAGCCUGGGGGGAGGCAAGCAGCAGAUGCUGCAGCGCCUCCCUACACAAAAUCCCCCUCCCCCGGCCCCGGCUCCGGAGCGACGACACCUCGCAGCGGGCGCACCACCCAGAUCCCUCUCCGACCAGCCCUCGAAUACCGGCCGUCGAACGAGAGCGGCCGUGAAGGAAGCACGACUGACGUGCAAGAAGGGAAGCGCAAAGACAAGAAAUCCAAGUCAGGCCUGACGAAGGAGCAAAAGGAGCAGCUCGCAGCCCUCGAGCGGGAGCGAGCACGCGUCCGGCAGGAGCGAGUCGACACGCUGACCCAGAAACUGCUCGACCGGCUCUCGGUCUGGACGGAAACGGACAAGGGCAAAGACGUGACGGCCGCCUUUCAGGAAAAGACUCGGCUCGAGGUGGAGGAGCUCAAGAUGGAGUCGUUCGGCAUCGACAUCCUGCACGCCAUCGGCCAGACGUACGUCAGCAAAGCCACCGCGCUGCUGCGCAGCCAAAAAUUCUUUGGGAUGGGCGGGUUUUUGAGCCGCAUCAAGGAUAAAGGCACGCUGGUCAAGGAUACGUGGAACACUAUUAGCAGUGCUAUCGAUGCGCAGCAGACCAUGGAGGAGAUGGCGCGGCUCGAACAGCAAGGCGGGGAGGAGUGGACCGACGAGAAAAAAUCCGAGUAUGAGCGCCGCGUGACGGGUAAAAUUCUAACGGCCGCCUGGCGCGGGAGCAAGUUUGAGAUUCAGAGCGUGCUGCGGGAUGUCUGCGACGCCGUGCUCAACGACAAAAAGGUGCCUCUGUCCAAGCGGUUGGAGCGCGCCGAGGCGCUCGUCCUGGUCGGGCAUAUUUGCGCAAACGCGAAGCGCAGCCCCGAGGAAGAGGGCGACUACAUGGCGUUUGAGCAGCUCGUCGCCGAGGCCGCCAUGAAGAAGGAGAAGGAGAAGGAGUCCAAGAAGAAGGGCAAGGACAAGAAGGACAAGGAAAAGGAAAAGGCCGACAACAACAGGUUCGGCGACAAGGCGUGGACUGACGCCGCCUCGGCAGCUGCCAGUGAUGCCCCCAACGUGCCCAAGGGUUCGUCAUAGGGUGCGAUGGUCCUCUUGUUUUGUGCUGUGCCGAUCGUUUGGUGGGCCAACAGCAGGGUUCGAUAAACACCUGCGCUGUGCAAAAGGAGUGUUGUGGGUUUGGAUGGUUCACGAAUGUUUAGAUACGCAUGGCCGACUUGGCGUCGUCUCUUCUUACUCUCCACUGCAUUAUAUACCUCUCCUAAUGCGACAUAGAGUUUGAUUCUUCAGCGAGCCUGGC